UACGAUACCACCGCCUUCCGCGCGCACAUCGACAGCACAGACGACCGUCGAGCCCGCGAGGCUAUCAGCACGCAUCAAAAGCUCUCGCGUCUCUCGUGCGAUUGUGCACCUGUGCCGACUCUUAAACAUUAUUUUUUGUUGCUUUGGUGAUUCGCCAAGUUGAUUAAAAGAUUUUAUCGAUGCAUCGAAUAAAAAAAUCGACAGUUCUUUUUCUUCGCUUUCGAUAAAGACAGUUUGUUAUUUGUGCAAUUUAUAAAAUCACGUGUGACGAAGAAGGAAAGGAAGAAGGGUUGCGUUCGCCGGAAGGAGGGAGGAGUAUAGUCUGUGGACUGGUAGCUGGUGAAUGGGGAGAGAGAGAAGAGUGGGCCGUGAGUUUUGCUCUCCCUCCCUCUUAUAAAGCUCUAUAAUUGCGAGAGCUGUUGUAGGCGCUUGCUGCGCGAAGGAGCCUCGCAAGGACGAACAAGCGGAAGACAGUUUCGCAGGCCCACGUGGUGGUAUUCUCGUUCCUCGCAUUAUCAUCGUCAUCGGCAGCACACUUGACGAUAGCUCUGCCUCGCGCAGUCGAUGCGCGACUUUAUCCGCGUGUGAACGUCGUCUUGUGUACGCGUGAAUUAUGCCGAUCUCGUGGUGGUCGGUCGAGGACACUGCGUCACGAUGACGCGCUUCCGCGCUACCACGUGAAACGCAACAAAAUCAGACGCGACUCCCGCCAACAAAAUUCACGAUCGUUGAAUUUUGUUUGUUGAUUACUUCCGUUGCAUACUGUCGCGCGAUACAAAGCCGCCAAAGUGUCGUUCCCAACGAAUUCGCACCACCAACGCAACGAGUGCAGCAUGAGUUCCUACCAAUUCGUCAACUCGCUUGCCUCGUGUUACGCAAGUGCCCAGGCCCAGCAACAACAAGGUCCUCGUGGCACUGCCAAUUCGCCCGCUGAACCAAUGCAAGCGGCUUCACCAGCUGGCACGGACUAUUACAAUCCCAAUGCCGCGAGCACAGGCUAUCCAACGCCAUGUUACUCGCCGCAGCAGCAUUAUCCUCAACAUCCUUACGCCGCUCCGGCGGCAUCGAGCAUGCAGCACUCCGCGCCAACGGGUAUGAUUGAUUACACGCAACUUCAACCACAGCCGAGACCUCAGCCACAGCAUGGUUUACAUCAGCCGAGCCAACAUCAUCAUCUUCAGCAGCAACAGCAGCAGUUGCACGCGGAUCCGACGAGUCCAUUGCUUCAGGCUGCCGCUGCGGUGGCUGCGGCGGCAGCGGCAGCUUCUGGACCGUCUACUUCGAGUUGCAAGUAUGCGGAUUCAACGAGUUCUUCGACGAACGUGUCGUCGCCUCAAGACUUGACCACCUCGACUAACGCAAGGAAUAGUCCUGCGCCUGGUUUGGCUGCACCUGGCACUAGCAAAGCUGGUAGCAGUGGACAAAUCAACUCCACACCUGGUGGGUCGUCCAGGUCGUCUGUUGCUGCCUCGGCUUCGUCACCACCAAGUGGAAGUGGACGGCAAGCUGAAGGCAACGCGACGUUGACGACAGCUUCGUCGGCUUCUUCCCCAGCGUCCUCCACUAGUAGCACAAGUAGUACUGGCAAUAAUUCAUCGAACAAAGGCAAUAAUUCUGGAGUUAACCCGCCGCAGAUCUUUCCUUGGAUGAAGAGGGUUCAUAUUGGUCAAAGUACAGUAAACGCAAACGGCGAAACGAAACGUCAGAGGACAUCGUACACGAGGUAUCAAACGUUGGAAUUGGAAAAGGAAUUCCAUUUCAAUCGUUACCUGACGCGACGACGACGCAUCGAAAUAGCCCACGCAUUAUGCCUAUCCGAGCGCCAAAUCAAGAUUUGGUUCCAGAAUCGUCGAAUGAAAUGGAAGAAAGAGCACAAAAUGGCGAGCAUGAAUAUUGUGCCGUAUCACAUGGCGCCCUACGGACAUCCGUACCAAUUUGCUCCGCACCCGAGCCAAUUCGCGCAUUUGGCCACAUAGGACGAAUUCUCGCCCGCCGAGCUCGGAGCUCACGCUGCUGCUGUCCGGUUUCCCGGCAUGUACGGCGAGCAGAACUAUUAAACAAGAUUUAUCAACGAACCACCAACCAUUGGCUUCUUAUUCGCUCGACAUGUGAAAGCGCUUUAUUGGAGGGCUCAGUUUUAUUAGUGAACCUCCUCGACUCGUAUCCGCCUCCUAGCCGCCUUCGUUGCUGCGUGUGCGAGCGCGCCUCUUGCUCUGUGUUCAACAUUUUAUUUAUUUACUUUUUCUCCUUUAUUCAUUUACGCGCGAUCGAACAAUAACUUGCAAUCUUUGAUCUUCAUGAUGAUUUUACUUGUGUCGACUAUUAUGGAUUUAGAGAAUUAUUUUGCACUGUUGAAACUUUAUGCACGGUCCGAGUUAUCAGUGUGUUGCAAUGACCACUCUGAUUUAUCGUUUGUUCAUUAUGCAUACCUGGAUUUGUUGCGCGAUAGAAAAAAAAAAAAAAAAUUUUUGUUUUGAAGAGUAGAAGUUCUCCAUGAUCAUGAAGAUCGCGCGUACCGCCCAUCGACGGAAAAAGAAAAGGCAAGCGAAAUCAUCGCACACACAGCAUGCCAUACGGAGAGCGUUGCGGAAUGCCAAUCCCAUUUUUUUUUUAUAUCAAGAGCCAAUCACGUGCGCACACAUAUGAAGGCGGAAAGA